GCUUGUUUCAUCUUGCCCUGCUCGCUUCCGCCCUCUUUCGUUCGGAAUCUACACUCUCUGAAGCUAUCGCAAGUAAUAUACUAGCGGCAUGGCGCUUCCCAAGCGGAUCAUCAAGGAAACGGAGCGUCUCGUCGCCGACCCCGCACCGGGCAUCACCGCCGUGCCGCAUGACGACAACCUUCGUUAUUUCGACGUGAAGAUCAACGGCCCAGGAGGCAGCCCGUUCGAGAAGGGCGUGUUCAAGCUCGAGCUGUUCCUCCCCGAGGAGUACCCCAUGGCUCCACCGAAGGUGCGCUUCCUCACGAAGAUAUACCACCCCAACAUCGACAAACUCGGCCGCAUCUGCCUGGACAUCCUGAAAGACAAGUGGUCCCCUGCGCUCCAGAUCCGCACCGUCCUGCUCUCGAUCCAGGCGCUCCUCAGCGCGCCGAACCCGGACGACCCGCUCGCGACCGACGUCGCGAAGCACUACAAGGAGAACGAGGCGGACGCGCAGCGCGUUAGCCGCGAGUGGACGGAGCAGUAUGCUUCCGACCCAUGAGAAUGAGGACGAGGAUAAAGAUGAGGUCGGCGCCCGGAUCAUGUCGGGGCGGGGGAGAAAUGGAACGUGAAGCUUGAACUUAAGAGGAUUGUGAUGUCAUGGUGUAUGGAUAGUUUAGGGUGUAAUACACAAGUACUUUCUAUGGCGUAAAGGCGGCUUUAUAGACCUCGUUUUUCU